UCUUGAUCCAGCUUUCACACACUUGCAUCCUUCUUCUUGAUGUCUAAAAACUGGAAAAGGAGAUCCUGAUUAGUCUGAGCACUGCUGCUGGGACGGCUGAAUACAGUUAAGUUCUGGAUCUUCUGUCAAUCAUCUACUGUAAUAAUGACCAGGAACCAUCACGCUGCCGCAGCUACGACGGGCGCCACAGCUACCCCAACCCACUCACCAAAUGCAACAACCACCCCAGGCCAAACUCAUUCAGGAGGCCACAGUCCCAAAAAGUUCAUGAGUGAACGGCGCAGCAUCCACAUGCAAUCGUGGGCUGUUGCUGCACUGUGUAUUGUGAUUUUGUGCGUGGUGCUAUCAUCUUCUGUGUGUGUGUGGAAGAAGUGCUUGAAAAAGAAGGACAAGGACAAAGAAAAGAGCAAGAAAAGGGGAAAAGAGAAGAGCAAGGGAGGAUCUGACAAUGAAAUGGAUGGAGGUUACAUUGAGCCACUGAAAGGAUCUGCAAACAAAGAAACAAAUCUGUCAGAUAAGGAGACCAAGGAGGAGGAGACGCUUGGCAGACUACAUUUCACAUUAGACUACAACUUCACAGAUAAUACACUGGUAGUGGGCAUCUUGCAGGCUGCAGAGCUUCCUGCCAUGGAUGUUGGAGGUAGUUCUGACCCUUAUGUUAAACUCUAUCUGCUCCCGGACAAAAAGAAAAAGUUUGAAACCAAAAUUCACAAGAAGACCCUUGAACCCAGCUUCAAUGAGACGUUCACAUUUAAGGUACCAUACACUGAGCUGGGAGGGAAGACACUGGUGAUGACUGUGUACGACUUUGACCGUUUCUCAAAACACGAUGCCAUAGGAGUUGUGAGGAUACCAAUGAGCAGCCUGGACUUCAGCCAGUCUCUGCAGGAGUGGAGGAAUCUGCAGAAGGCAGAGAAGGAGGAGAGUGAGCGGCUUGGAGAUAUAUGUUUGUCCUUGAGGUAUGUGCCUACUGCAGGGAAGCUGACUGUGGUGAUUCUGGAAGCCAAAAACCUGAAAAAAAUGGAUGUGGGUGGAUUGUCAGACCCUUAUGUGAAGCUCCACUUAAUGCAGAAUGGAAAAAGACUGAAGAAAAAGAAAACAACGAUAAAGAAGAACACAUUGAACCCUUACUACAAUGAGUCUUUCAGUUUUGAAGUGCCAUAUGAACAGAUAGAGAAAGUGCAGGUAGGAGUGACCGUGUUGGACUAUGAUAAGAUUGGGAAGAAUGACGCCAUUGGGAAGGUGCUGCUGGGAUGCAACAGCACUGGCACUGAGCAACAGCACUGGGCAGACAUGCUGGCUAACCCUCGGCGGCCAAUAGCCCAGUGGCAUAGCCUUCAACCAGAGGAUGAAAUAAAUGCACAAAUUUCUAACAAGAAAUAAAACUGUAACCCCACUGGCAAGAGACCUUGCACCAACUUAUGUUCCUACUGUACCUCUCCUCUAACUCCCCUUAAAAACCUUUAAGCGACAUUGAGAAAAUCUAUUCAAUAUUACCCAGUUUUACCUCUGACACUAUUCACUAUUUCAGACUUUAGCAUUCUUUCUUUAGUAAGCCCCCUGUUCCUGCUUCUACCUAUUACACUGUUAUAAAGAGUUUUAAGCAAAGAUGUAUCACAAUGUACAGUAGCCUGCUAUU